ACAUUGCCGGCCAAAUGGCGCCUCCACCGGCGAACUUCUCCGUGCAGCUGGGCCAGAAAAAAGACCGAGGGGGCCGAAAUCGCAGCGACACGCACUUCCUGGAGCUUCUGCAGUGACUGCAGGGGGGGGGAGAAAGUGUCGGCGGCGGCUUCGCUCCUCAAAGUUAAAGCGCCCCGGCAAAUGGGUGCAAACUCGCGGCGUCGCGAGACGAGCUCGUGCGUCGGCGCGGCUACGGGGGGCCGCUGAUGAUCGAAAUAGUGCGCCGAUGUGGGGAGCGCGGACUGAGGCCAGCGCUGCUACUCCAUCCCCAGGCUGUCACCAGGCCGUCGAGCGGCCUAAACGUAUCCAAUAACCCUUCGCCCGGCAGAGGUCUAGGUUAACCAACUAGUAAAACCGAGGUCAAGACAGCACUAGUCUUAUCCGGCCUCUGAUUAAGUUAACCUGACUACACAGUUUUCCUAACCGUGGUUAUCCGUGACGCUGAGGCGCUUAGCUGCCUGGCUAAGUUUCCACAGUCCUCCGGGGGAGCACCGUUUCACAGCCGGCGUAUUUCUGCUACCUUCGCCUGCCUUCCGGAUGUUUGAUUAGCGCGUUUCUUUGUAAAAUUCGGCUUUAAUGAGUAGCGAUGUCCCUCCCGUCUGCCGAAAUGCUGGAGACGCCGCCCGGUUACCCUUUUGAGGAGAUAGACUAUUCGGACAUUGAAGUUGAGGAGGUUGUUGGCAGAGGAGCCUUCGGAGUCGUCUGCAAGGCCAAGUGGAAAGGCAAAGAUGUGGCCAUCAAAACCAUCGAGAGUGAAUCUGAGCGGAAGGCCUUCAUAGUGGAGCUCCGGCAGCUCUCACGCGUCAGUCACCCCAACAUCGUCAAGCUGUAUGGCUCUUGCAGUAGCCCAGUCUGCCUAGUGAUGGAAUAUGCAGAAGGUGGCUCUUUGUACAAUGUGUUGCACGGAGCGGAGCCCCUUCCCUGUUACACGGCCUCCCACGCGAUGAGCUGGUGUUUCCAGUGCUCUCAGGGCGUCUCCUAUCUCCACGGCAUGAAACCAAAGGCGCUCAUUCACAGGGACCUCAAACCACCCAACUUGCUGCUUGUGGCCGGAGGGACAGUCCUGAAGAUCUGUGACUUCGGGACGGCCUGUGACAUCCAGACGCAUAUGACCAACAACAAAGGCAGUGCGGCAUGGAUGGCCCCAGAGGUCUUUGAAGGCAGCAAUUACAGUGAGAAGUGCGACGUGUUCAGCUGGGGCAUCAUCCUAUGGGAGGUGAUCACGCGCAGGAAGCCGUUCGACGAGAUCGGCGGCCCCGCCUUCCGCAUCAUGUGGGCCGUGCACAACGGCACCCGCCCCCCCCUGAUUAAAAACCUGCCAAAACCAAUUGAAAGCUUGAUGACUCGUUGUUGGUCCAAGGACCCCUCCCAGCGACCCUCCAUGGAGGAGAUUGUGAAAAUAAUGUCCCACCUUAUGCAGUUCUUCCCAGGAUCUGAGGAACCUUUGCAGUACCCCUAUCAGUACUCAGAAGAAGGUCAGAGUAACUCUGUCACCAGCACCGUGUCUUUCACCAACACCAGCAACAGGAGUGACGCCAACAUGGAGCCGGGCGAUUCGCAGGGGAGCAACGACACCAUCAAGAACAUGGAGCCAAAGUUUCCAACUCAGUUCAAGCCAAAGGGGGAUGGUGUAUGGGCAAACCACCCACUGUCCAGCGGGGGCAGUAUGGAGAGCCUGUCAGGGCGGCCUCAGUGCCUGGUGCCAUCGAAUAGCAAGAGGAUGAGCACGGACCUCUCAGAGCUAGAGCCCCGGAUGCCAUUUGGAUCUGCAGCACGUCCCCCGUACAAACGAGGCCACCGUAAAACCGCUUCCUUUGGCACCAUUCUGGAUGUCCCCGAGAUCGUCGUCACAGCCAGCUGCGAGUCGCAGAGACGGCGCUCCGUGCAGGACUUGCCGGCCAUCGGAACGGAGUCCAGCCAGGGCAGUAGGAGUAGCAGCAGGUCCUCGAGCCCCAGCGUGAGGAUGAUCACGUCGGACAAGGCCGGCAGAGGCUUCGUCUUCUCCCCCGACGACCCCACAGACACCAACGGCUCCGACAACUCCAUCCCCAUGGCCUACCUCACGCUGGACCAUCAGCUGCAGCCCCUUGCUCCGUGCCCCAACUCCAAAGAGUCCAUGGCAGUGUUUGAACAGCACUGCAAAAUGGCUCAGGAAUAUCUGAAGGUCCAGACAGAGAUCGCCCUGCUAAUCCAGAGAAAGAAGGAGCUAAUCGCCGAGCUCGACCAGGACGAGAAAGAUCAGCAGAACACCUCCCGCCUGGUCCAAGAGCACAAGAAGCUUCUUGAGGAGAACAAGAGCCUGUCCACCUACUACCAGAAGUGUAAAAAGCAGCUAGAGCUGAUCCGGGCCCAGCAGCAGAAGAGGCAGGGCACCUCCUGAUGGCCACAUCCAUACCGCCACCCCCCCUUAUGCCACAGAGACUCACGCACCCCCUCCCCACCCCUACAUCUCAUUCUCGGGACCUUCUUGUAGGGUUUAGCAGUAGUGUGGUCUGAAAGUCAGCAGCUCCCCACAGCUCUCUGUCCCUCAGCACUCCGCACCACCUCCUGUCCCAUGAUCAGAGGCUGGGGUCUGGGCGCCUCUGCGUUCCCGGAGCCCCAGAGAGACCCGCGACGCGCCGUGUGCCGGAAUGCCGUGCCGCGUUGCCCCGGGGAGGCCGUAAAGCCGUUACAGAUUUGGGACACCUCCACAAAAGAGAAAAAUCCCCCAAAUAUAUUUCCGUUUUUGCUGUCUAGUUACUGUUAAGACCAAACCUGCGUUCUCCGUCCAAAACAGGCGGUGUAGUAAAUGUUCCAGACUAAAGGUACCUGAGAGCCCUGGCCUGCGACCAUCAGUGACCGGGUCGCUGAGGGAGAGAGCGGAGUCGGCCGCAGGAUAUCACGCAUUGUGAGAUGACCCAGACUACCUGAGCCCCAGGUGGAUUAUGCAACGCUGUUUUUGAUUUGACUUCUUACUUUAUUUAGGAGAGAGAGAUGUGUGUCGGCAGGGUCAUUCGUCCUGCCCCCUGUUUGAUGUGAGCAUGACCUACCAAGUGAUACCUGAACACCUAAUAUUUCAUUUAGAUUUUAAGGGGUUUUUGUAUCGAUAAUUUAAAAAUGCCGUGUACACUGAUCGUAUGCGUCACCGCGAAGAAAACGAACGCAAAUCUCCAACUUCUUGAAUGGGAAUGCAAUAUUUCUGUCUUUAUUAUAUUAAACUAACAAACUGUCACGGGCAUAAUGUACUUUGGGUCCUUGGCUGAACCUACUAAAAGAAUAGGUAUGCAUUUCUCGUUCAGUGUCUCUUUCAAGAGCUCAGUAUUCAUAUUCUAGUUUUGUUUUGUCUUGUUGAAUAUUUGAUUAUAUCUUAAGGCCCCUUAAUGCGAGGGUGACCAUCUUUGUCUGCAGUUGGCCUUUUGGGUUUCCAUGUAAUCGAAACGCGUCCUCUGUUUGAUUUCACCCUCUGCCUUAGAACACGACUGCUUGUGUUUUAAACGAUUUUGCCGUAUUUCAGACUUGAUCGGUUGCACCUAUAGUAACACGAUGAAGCGUCUGAUGAAAAUGUGACUUGGUGCAAGUUUGUAGCUAUAGGCGUUCGCAUAAGAACAAAGCGCGGUGCAUGGACUGCGCUCCGCUUUACCGCUAUGUAACUUGGUUUCUGAGAAAUGCGCCGCAGGUGAAAUGCAUCUCCAGUGCAGCCAUCGUGCCAGCAGAGAGUUCCAUGCGGCCGCCCCUGGUCGGCCAUUUCAUUCUGUCCUGAGCACCUGGCGGUCAUACCGCAGUUUUGCACAAUCGAGUCAUUUUGCUGAAUAGCCUUACCAACAAUGGUAACAUUAACGGACAAGACGUCCUCAUGGUAACGUAUCACUUAGGUAUAUGUAAUAUACGUAGAUAUUUAAAAUAUGCUACUCACUUAUGGAAUGCGGUGAGGUUUCCCCAAUUUUUAAGGUUUUUGCAUUAACAUGUUCGACCUGUUUAUUAUGUAAUGUAUAUAAAUAUGUCUGAUUUCUUAAGCUAUGGGAAUGGGAGUUAACCAGUGAAAAAUCCAUAAUAAAAUAAACUCUCCAAAGGC